AUGGAGAAGGCAGGGAUUAUCUUGACUGAUUGGCCCAGUCACUAUUCUAAAAGGCUAAAUUUAGAUUCGGUAGGAAAAAGGAGAUUUUUAGCUUUUAAUGUCCUGUCACCAGUCAGGAAAACUGAAGGAGAAGAUAUUGAUCAAAUAGUUUUCAAAUGCUUUUCGGCUAUUAGAGGAAAGAACAUUCCAGUUAGUGGAGUACUGUUGCAAGAAAAGGCGAAAGAAGUUGCCGAAAGUUUAGGAUUGCAGAACUUUAAGGCCUUUAAUAGAUGGCUGGAGAAGUUUAAACUACGUCAUAAUGUUACUUUUAAAACUGUUUGUGGGGAAGAAAAAUCUGUAGAUUUGCAGUGUGUUACAGAAUGGCUGGAAAUAUUGACAGAAAUUUGUGAAGGUUAUGAAGCUAAGGACAUAUACAAUGCUGAUGAAACUGGACUGUUUUUCAGAGUUUUGCCAAAUAAAACCUUAUGUUUUAAAGGAGAAAAGUGUUCUGGCGGAAAAAGUUCUAAGGAACGGUUAACUGUGUUACUCUGCUGUAACUCGGAAGGAGAAUUUGAAGUACCACUUGUAAUUGGUAAGGCAAAAAAACCUAGAUGUUUCAAAAACAUUAACCCAAAAACCUUAUCAGUUCAGUGGUAUUUCAACAGAAAGGCAUGGAUGACUCAAAAUAUAAUGAUAGAAUGGCUAACUGCUCUUGAUGACAAAAUGUGCAAAACAAAUAGGAAGAUUUUGUUAUUUCUUGACAAUUGUAGAGCACAUCCACAAAAUUUAAAAUUGAAGGCUGUGAAAUUGGUAUUUUUUCCACCAAAUGCUACAUCUGUGUUGCAGCCUUUAGACCAAGGCAUUAUUCAAAACUUUAAAGUUGGAUAUAGGAAAUUGUUUUUAAGGCAUGUUAUUUCGCAAGCUUCCAUUGAAAACAGUGCUCAGCUCGCAAAGUCCGUGAAUUCAAUGAAAGUAACAACGAAGAAAAUGAACUCUCCGAACUCGCUCACUGGCUGUGAUAUUCCGAUUAACGAUUAUAUAGCGGUAGAUGAAAAUUUAUGCACUGAUGACACCAAUGAGGAUAUCACUGCUUUCAUCUCUGAGAAAAUUGAAGAUGCAGGAGGAAGUCUUCCAGAGGAUCUUGAAAGUAGUGAGGAAGAAGAAGAGCCAGAAGAAGAUUGCAAAAUCAAAAAUUAUAGUGAUGCUUUAAGACAUAUCACACAGUUGCAAAAGUUUAUGUUGAUAAAUGGUGACAGUGAAGGACUCGGACUCAUUAGCGACUUUAGUAUACAUGUACAGAAAGAUGCGUCUAAAUUACGUGCUGCAAAACAAACCCUUGUAACAGAUUACUUUAAAUAA